AACAUGGCGGCGUCCAGUGACGAGGUCACAUGUGAUGACUUUCUGGGUUUCCAGGAAGCGUUAAAGAAGUGGAGGUUUAUCGAUGACCGUAUCAUCUAUGCCCUCAACACAUCACUGCCCACAGCUUCUUUUGCAGCAGAAGUGAAUGCAACCAGUCAGUGUAAACAUCUUUACAAACAGUUAGUUGAAACGUAUGAUGGCCGAGAACAAGCCAUUAAAAAGUGUGUGCGUACAGUAUCAGCAGUAGUUGGUGAUCUCCAAAAUCAGAAAAAGGCGAACCCGGACAAUGCUGAAGUCAUGAAGAGGCUGAGCAAGGAGAGAACCAAACUGCGUCUCAUGCAGGCUGAACUGAACGUAGAAGAAGUACUACGGGACCGGAGUAUGAAAGUAUUUUAUGAACGAUGUCGGACAGCCUAUAGGCCUCCUUCUGCUCCGAUAGUAUGACAACAGUUUACAUAGAGUGUGAAAGUGUGUGCCAGUCAGUCACCCAGAAUUUUACCCAAAGACAGAGUACUAACCUUUAUAGUUAAGGAGUAGAGAUAAGUUUGGGAGUUGUUUCUUUUGCUGCCAAAAGAUGUUGCGAUAGACAAUUGUUAGGAAGCAUUAAUUUAUAAUAGAUACAUUUUUGGAGCAGUAAUUUGUAAUCAUGGAAACACUGAUCUUUACUGUGUAGCAAUGACGAGUCAUGUACAAGAAGUGGAUGCUAGUGAUGUAUCAGGGAACUGUGUAUUUUUAUUGUGUGUCAGUAAUAGUGACAGGUGAGAAUUAUCAGUGAAAGCUGUCUUCUUCAUUAUGUUUCAUGUUUCGGUAAGUUCUGCAAACACAAUAUACAUCUGACUGAGCAUAAAAUACAUGUAUUGGAAGGCUCUAAGCAUCUCAACAUUCAGACAAAUCUUGUAUGUCAGGCCAGUGCUGAUAGACUACCAUAGUUUGCUGCCAUCUGUGCAACUGCAUGGAACUGUAAAUAUUGAAUCAAUUUUAUCUAGUACUAGUACUUGGUAUUAAAAGUGCAUUUCAAAAUGAACUAUCAAAAUAAAUGAGAAUAUGUACUCAAGUAAUGUGUGAGCAAACUGUGAAUUGUUCAACUUCUGAGCUGACAUUUUUCAUAACAUCAUAAACGAUGUGUGUCACAUCCAAACGUACUACAUGGGCAGUGUGUGAAUGCCGCCUGUAUGAUUAUUUCAGUUGGGCUAAAGGUUCUGAUCUGGGCUGGUGAUUGACAUUUGGUUGUAUGUUACAGUUUAACACAUUACAAGCUGUGUUACUGAACAAACUUUGACUACCCAUGUCAACAUUGUGGGGAUGAAAAUAAGACUUGCAUUUUUAAGCCAGGAAAUUUGAAAGUUUUAAUUAUUGUUUGUGGGUAGCUUGUACACCCUGCCUGUAAUAUGUUUAAGACUAUUUAACACAUUGCACAUGAUUAUCAUUUUGUGGUACAUGUUUCGAGUAAUUGUCUACAGUCAAAGAGAAGUUUAGACCUAUUCAAAUAGAGAGCGUGCAUGUCAGGAAUGCCUAAAAUGUGAUAGACCAAGAGCAGUCUGUGACCAAGAGCAGUCUGGGGUAUAUCCAUGGCAUGUGUAAACCAGAUGUGAAAUGUACCCUGGCUGAAAGUGUGGGUAUCAGUGUGACGGGUCCAUACUCCCAUGGGUCAGGUAUAAGACGUUACUGUGUACUAACAUAGUGUACUUUCAUUCAUCAGCUUGUGUCAUAUUGAUUGAAUGGAAGAUUGGAAAUGUAUUAUACUAGAGAAUAUAUUUGUGAUAAAAACAACUUGA